GCCAGAAUGAGCAAAGUGGGGUUGUUGUACUUGGGUACUUACGUUGGAGGGGCUGGAGGGGUUGAUCUUUCAUAACACAACAUCAGGCAGCAUCAAAAGUUCCAAGGCAAUCGAACAUCUUAAAUAAUUCAUUAGUUCCAAAUCUCCCAAUAUUGAAAUUUAUCGUCUGUUCAUUCACAUUCAUCGGAGUUAUCAUUGGUAUAUUGGUAGUAGGACAAAUCAAUCAAGAUGGCCGCACCGACAGAUCAAAGGAUAGCCGUCCCUAUUGAUGAUCCCAAUGCAGAUACUGAAUGGAACGACAUACUUCGUAAGCAUGGGGUUAUACCUGAAAAGCCUCCGUCUCCUACACCUAUGAUCGAAGAAGCUAUACUCGAAGGCCGACGAAUAGCACAUGAGAACAGGUUAGAGGGGAAAGAACUCGAUGAGCUUGAUGCCCUGGAAGACGAAGAAGAUGAGGCUUUCUUAGAGCAAUAUCGACAGAAGCGCAUGCAGGAGUUGAACAAAUUGACCAAGAAGUCGAUACACGGCUCGGUCUAUCCGAUAUCGAAACCAGAGUACUCGCGCGAAGUCACGGAAGCCUCUAACAACGGGCCAGUGUUUGUGAAUCUCACAUCUUCACUAGGAACCAACGUCGAGUCGAGAGUCUUAUCAGAGCUUUGGAAGCAAGCAGCGAAAGAAUACGGCGACAUCAAGUUCUGUGAAAUAAGAGCGGACAAGGCUAUUGAGAACUACCCAGACCGGAAUUGCCCUACUAUUCUCGUGUAUAAAAACGGCGAUAUCGUGAAGCAAAUAGUCACUCUCGUCACCGUAGGCGGGGUACGAAUGAGUAUGCUGGAGAUUGACAACUUGCUGGUCGAGGUGGGCGCAGUCAAUGAGAAGGAUAUGAGGGUCGUCAAGAGAAAGAGAGACGCUGAGGACGCUAAGGAGGAGCAGCUUAUGGGUAAAGGAAUCAAGAGCGGAAACCUGAGACAUGCGACUAUUGAUAACGAGGACGACGAUGACGAUUGGGAUUGAGAGCAUGCGCAUUAUGGUCGUCCCGCUCUCUCAUCAUACAUCUAAAUCCCCUUAACUACAAAUCCAUUAUAUCCGACUUUGCAAGCAUUCAACACAUCGCCCGCGGUGACAUCGAUUUACAGGGGGCGGCCCUGGCGUCAAGCUUCCGAUGAAUGGUAGCUAAUCCGAUUCGAUAUCGAAACAUUUUUGUGGAUCGUAUCAGGUGAAUCUAAUAAGCUGUAGGAGCCUACCCCUAAAAUCACAAGCUAAUGUGCGGCUACUAACAACUUCAAGCAAAUAAUACAUACUUGGAUAGGACAUAGAACAACUCGAAGUGGAUGGAUUUCAAUUCGCUCGACUUAUUGGAAUAUUGAAGUUU